AUGAAGACCAUUGCCAUUCUUGCGCUUGCCUCGUCGGUUGCAGCAUAUGCCGCGGGGGAUGCCUUGGUACACGGCCCCGACAGAAAACUCAGCACCGACGCCCAAGUCCAAUCGACCCAAGACGACGCGGACGUCAACCGCAAGUGCCACAAGGCCAACGACGGGUACAUCGAGACGUUGAAAGCUGGCGAGUAUGCGGCCAGCAAAUUCUACAAUUGUUUCCGCACGUCGGAGCAAAUCUUCGAGUACGUGGAUGCAUUGGUGGAGCAGAACCCAACUUUGUUGAAAAAAGAAAAUAUUUCGACCACCGUCCAAAACAAGACUAUCUACGCGUACAAACUGACCGGCAGCUUUGUCAAGACCCGGUCGUUGUAUUUCCAAAGUCUGCUCCACGCCCGGGAAUGGGUCGCGGGGUCGUCCAACGUGUUUACGUUGUCUUCGAUUCUGGACGACAUUGCCAACAAGAAACCCACGGCGGCGGACAAGUACAAUUUGUACUUUGUGCCGAUCGUGAACAUCGACGGGUACGACAUCUCGUGGAAGAACGGCAAGCGGUUGCAGCGUAAGAAUGCCAACGAAGUCGACCUGAACCGCAACUGGCCGACUCCCUUCAAAAACUCCAAACCCGUACCCCCCUCGUCCCAAACUUACCCUGGAACGAGUCCGUUCAGCGAGCCAGAAGCUAAGGGGAUUGGGGCGUGGCUCCAUAACAAGAAUUCUGAACUCGCCGGAUGGGUGGACGUGCAUUCCGCCGGGGGGUUCAUCUUGUACCCUUAUGGCGACAUCGUAGAACCCAUCGGCAACGGCGACGACGCCAAGUUUGAACGGCUUGGCCGCAAAGUUGCCGCCGCAACCGGUGGCAAAUACACACCCCAAACGUCAGCUGCUUUGUACCCUGCUUUCGGAGCGUUCGAUGACUACACCUACCGCACGUACCAGAAGCCGGUGUUGACCGUCGAAGUGGCUGGUUCGGGUUUUGUCGUCGAUGCGUCGACCAUCCGUACCCGCGGCACGGAAAUCUUCAAGGCGUUGUCUCAAUUUGCCGUUGAAGUCGAGAAUUUCGACGUAAACAAUACAAGCUGUUAA